AUGCCUAGCUCGUGUAAAGAUAUCCGGAAAGCGCUGGCGGAAUGUCUCCAGGAGUCCGACUGCAUUAUGGUGCAGCGACAUUCUCCACAGGAUUGCCUUCGCCCUCCGCUAUCCGACGAGCUACCCACGAGAUGCCAACAAUUACGGAAAGGUCUUGCGGAAUGCAAACGCGGAAUGGUCGACAUGCGGAAACGCUUCCGUGGUAAUGCACCCAUCUCGGUCACUAAGGAUCUCGACGGCAAAUCCAAACCGUCAUAUCAGCUGUACGCAGGCAAGCCCGCAUUUGAAACCGUGAAGGAAAUCAGCGGAGAUGAGGUGCAGAUGGACCCGGAGAAGACAAGGGGUUUUAUUAUGUCGAGGAGAUUUGCGUUUUUUUUGCAUGGGUCGGAGUUAUUGUCGAUCAUUCUGGCUGGGUUGGCAUGGACUUGUCAUGGUCACGCUUUUUUAAUUACAUACAAAUGUCGAAAGCAGAUUCCCACAGAUGGAUACAUCAAAGAGGCGUGCUAUGAGCACUCCGAGAGGCAAACUGUAGCUUUAGCCAACCUCCUACAAGGCAUUACCGCCAAGUCGAAAGAGAAAUCAAUCUUCUAG